UAUGGCCACUAACAAUUUUCCAACAUUUUACCCUGGUUAAUAAUCAAUGACUAAUGUAUAACCAUCACUAUAUUAAUAACAAGGAGGUUUAGAAUAUUUUAUAUUAUAUUAGGUCCUAUUUAUUAAGGUAAUCAAGGUAUUACAUAAGGAUUAAGUUCACCUUCUGUCAUUUAGUAAAAUUAAUAAAUACAAUAUGGAAAUCGUAUUAAAUGCUUAAAAUAUUAGAAUACGGAUUAAAUGGGGCAAAUUAUGGGGUUCCAUCAUAUUCAACUCCCCAAAGAAUUGUGUCCUAAAGAGUGAUGUAACAAUCUCCAUAAGUUAUCACAUCACCUAUAAUUUAAUAAUAAUAAGUUUAAUAAACAGUGCAACAACCUUCAGUCAGUAUAUAGAUAUAAAUAAAAUUAAAUAGUUCAUAAUGUGGAACAUGUACCAGUCAUUCAUGAAUUACAUCAUGUGAAUCGUCCAAUAAAUGUUAUUUCAGUAGAUGAAAUAGAAGGUCCUUGGAGAAGCAAAGUAUUAUUGCUGGAGAAAUAAUUAAUUGAAUUAUAAUUGAUGUUAAAGAAGGGUCCGGUGAAAUAGGUUCAAUCCAAAUAAGUAGUAGUGGAAGAUGAAGGGAAAGUAUAUUAAAUAAAUUAAUAUGAACUAAAUAGAUAAGAUAAUUACAAAGUGAAAUUGAAAGAUUAUAAGGAAUUCUAAGAGAGAAUUAGAAAGAGAUUGAUGAAUUACAAUAAUAAAUAAAUGAUGCUACAUAUAAUUUAGAAAAUGCAGAAGAAUAGGCAUCCGCUUAAGUUGAAGCUUAAUCAUAAGAAUUAGCUAAAUGGAAGAAGAAGUUUUCAGAAUUAAAUAAGAAAUUUCAUGAUAUUGAAGAAGAUAUCACUAUGACUGAAGCUUAAAUAGAAAGUAUUUAAAAAAGAAAAAUGGUCACUCAAACUACAUCUACUAUUAAGACAACUGCAAAGACUUCAGGAGUAUAGUUCAAUAUAUAUAUAUUUAGGGUACUUAUGGGGAUGGAGAUGUAAGAAAGAGUGGUUAUAGCAAUAGGAAUUAUUGA